AGCAUCUGUGGCAGUGUCCUGACGCGACGCCAUGUUCGUUCUUGCAUCGUCUUCUUGCGUGAUAAUGACCGAAACAUGUGCAGAACGUGUGGCACGGCCAGAAUGUCACGAAGCGAGGUCAGGCGGAAUGCACACGAGAGUGUCGACGAAGAAGAAGAAGAAGAAGAAGUAGAAGAAGAAGAAGCCAGAGUUUCAUGGGCCGUGGGAAAGCGGCUGGGAUUGUGAUCGGUGAGCCUUGUAAUGUGACCUUGGAAACGGUUGCUGCCUGUUGAGUGGUGUCGAAGGGGAAUGGUUUCAAUGGGCAUAGCGGAUAGUGACAGGAACCGAAAACUGUUCCUUUCACUUUGGUGGAAGCCAAGCAGCACCCCCGCGCAACGACUUUCAACUUCCGCUGUUCCCCACGGCUACUUUGCUUCUGCACACCCUUUCCAAUGGUCAAAUCCUUCAGGCAUUACUAACCCACACCCCGAGUGCUGAACAAGCUGUUCUCUGCGAGGGAUGUGUUUUAGGUGACUCGUCGUUCCGGCUCCUCGCCUUGUACAUCGACUGAUUCGCUCUUGUGCGCCACCAUGGAUCUCCCCGCCUACACUUUCGUCCAUCCCCCGGAGCAACCUCGGAAGAAGCCACAAAACUUGAAUUUUACUGAUGGCUAUCCAGAGGUGAGGGCUCUGGACUACAGAGCGGCUGUUAGGGGACACCCGCCCUGGUCAACCACGCGUCUCGACAUAUACAAAGGAUACCCGCCUUCAGUAACUCCGACGAGAACGCAGGUUAAGAUUGAAUACAACGACACACAAGAAAACUACGACAACAGCGGUGCAUGCGACGCCUGCACCGACAAAUUGGGUGGUCCUCAACCUCAGUGGCUGAAAUUUGAUAAGAGGGUCUUGCGUUUUUACGCCUAUUUCAAGGAAGGUAUCGGUGAACGUCGUGAUGAGAACAUGAGGGUCCGCAAAUGCACACUUUAUUACUACCUCUCGGACGGGACAAUACAUAUUGGGGAACCGAGGCAAGACAACAGCGGCCUCCUUCAGGGAAUUUUCUUGAAAAGAUUGAAAGUCCCCGAUGGCAAAGGUGGCCUCCUCGGAAUUAAAGACUUCGUCUGUGGAAAAGAGAUCUUGAUAUUCGGCCAUCGAUUCCAUAUUGUCUCAUGUGACAUAUUUACGAGGAGAUUCCUGCUCAAGUAUGGUUAUGAUCUGGGUAAGGAGGAAAUUACCUAUCCAGGAGAACCUCUUGUAGAUUAUCGCAAAAGUUUGCAAAAAGUCAUCACCCAUGAGAUUAAGGACUAUGCGGCUAAACAGUUUUUGGAGCUGGAUGGAAAGGUCUUACGGUUCUUUUGUGUCUGGGAUGAUCGUGAAAAUAUAUACGGAGCUCGCAGACCAUAUGUCUUCCAUUACUUUUUGGGUGACGACACUGUCGAGAUACUUGAGAUUCAGGAGCGAAAUAGCGGACGAGCUCCAUUCCCAAUGCUCCUUCGACGGGGUCGUCUACCCAAAGUACUUCCAGACGAGCUUCUCGGAUCAAAGACGAUGAUGUAUCAAAAGUCUAAAGAGGAGUGCUACAAGGAUACCGAUUUGAUGAUCGGAAGCUAUGUGAAAGUUUGGAACCGUGACAUGCUGCUUCACGACGCUGACGACUUCACUAAAGCCUACUAUAAAACGAAAUACGGCUACACAGAUGAUAUGCUCAUGCCUGUGAACGUCCAGGAACCAACGCCGAUUCUCGCGAGGAUGGAGGUACCGCCGCAUAAUGGAUGGGGAACGGAGGAAGACAGCAUGAUGAACGUUAUUCAUCUAAUGCCCAGGUCAUGGCCAAAGGAUUUCUUCAAGAUGAUGAACAACGGUGGAAAGAUCUUGUGCUAUGCUUGCAAAAUGGCCGAAGAUGCGAACCAUUGGGUUUCCCCGGUGGACAAAACAAGGUUUUUUGUUUUCCAGUUUUUUCUGGAGGAUGAUUCAUUGUCUGUCUUCGAGCCGCCAGCUCGCAAUGCUGGUGUGGUCAACGGGCGUUAUAUGCACCGUCAACCGUCGCUUCGGAAGCCGGGGACUCUUGAAGCAUACAUUCCAGAAGACUUUUACGUAGGUGCAAGAAUAGAAUUACACGACCGCCUGUUUGAUCUGAUCAAGGCUGACGAGUGGACUCUCAAGUUCAUGGAAGAGAACAAGGAUAAGUUUCCCAUGGCUGACUUCUCCAAAGUUCGCAGAAAAUUGGCGGACCAAAUAAGGCAACUGCCAGAAGACAUAAAGGCUGAUUUGACGAAGAAAAUACCUGCCUCCAACCUGCAAUGUGAAAGCCCUGGAAUAUCACGUCCAAGCAGUCCCAACGUAGCUCCUGUUGAUAAUUCUAAGGAGCCUGUGGGCAAUCUCCUGGCAAGGGCCGGAUUGAAGUUGACCCAACACGAAUUGAUCACUCUGGAGAGGAAUUGUGGUAGAGUGGAUUCCGAAUUCGAAGAUUUGCAAUCUCUACUCAAAAGCAUGAUCGAGGCAAAAUGAUAGCAUGGCCAUGUGACAGCUUGACCGCAUACUUGAGACAUCGUCUGUUGUUGGACGAAUGUAAUAGGGAACAGUUCUGCUACACACCAAAUUGGUAAGACUCUUAUGUUUGCAAACCCCGAAAAGAAAUGUUACUUGUAACAUUUGAGAAAUGUG